CAUGGAUUGAUCAUUUCUCUCGGCGCGGGAACCAGAACAGAACAACUGAAAGCGUGAUUCACAACUCUCUGUUCUGAAAGGACCUCGCACUGAAAUCUAAAUAGCAGUGGUGUGAGCGCCGUGGUUGCAACAGGAAAAUGGACCAUAACAGACACACUUGCCAGUGCUGUGCAGCGAACUACGACUCGCGACUGAAGUAAAGCAUUUCUUGCUACACGCGGAGAUCCCGCGCUUAACGAUUUAAUUUUACAGGAAGGAAUGAAAACGGCCGAACUGAGAAUCUGCACCAGAGAAGGCAGAGAAGGCAGCCCAAGGGUUUGUGGCCAUUCUGGCGAAUGUUCUGCAUUACUUACCGACGCACAGACGCACAUUCUGCGGGGCAACCCAACACUUACCCCGCUGCUGUCACACAAACUCACCGAUGGUAUCCAAGUGGAUUUGUGGGUUAAGAUGGUCCCGGACUCAUGAUUUUUGAAUUCAUGGACAAACACAGCAAAGCAUCAAACUCCAGUAGGCCUACAUGUUUUAAAAAUAAUUAACCGAAUCCUCUCUGAGGCAACAUUCUUUUUUAUCUGAAGAGGAGGCUGUCUAGCUGUGCCAUCCUGAACUGCCUGACAAAAUCCCGGAUUUGCAUUUUAAUAACCCGCCACAAGGAUGCCACACGUUAUCGGAUCCUACGGCGUCUUUUGACAGCACGAGUCCCCCAGUGUCGGAAGGGACCGGAGAGAAUCAACGCUUGUGGGUUUUGGGGUGGUAGGCUACCAGGUGCUGCUUUGCUCGCUGCCAGCCUCCGCUGACCAGUUUCUCCGGGUCGUACAGAAAUACACAGGAACAUAGUUCUAUCUAUGGGCGCCAGAGGCUCACAUGGCGUGCUACUACUUAGUCAUUAGCUCUACACACCUCAGCAAGGGACACUAUCGAAACAUUAAGGGGGUGUUUCGGGGGCCUCUAUGCGGGACCAACGGCGUAGAAUCACCGGACUAUGCAGAGAAAGAGAAGGCCAUUGCCAAGGCUCUGGAGGAGCUGAAGGCUAAUUUCUACUGUGAGUUAUGCGAGAAGCAGUACCACAAGCAUCAGGAGUUUGACAACCACAUCAAUUCCUACGAUCACGCGCACAAACAGAGGCUAAAGGAGCUGAAACAGAGAGAGUUUGCCCGUAACGUGGCCUCAAAGUCCUGGAAGGAUGAGAGGAAGCAGGAGCGAGCGCUGAAACGCCUCUACCAGCUGGCCCAGUUCAGACAGCAGUCAGACAGUGAGAGGAAGCUCCCCGCAGUGACUCCCAGCACAGACGCCCCAGAUGAGGCAGGACCCCGGCCCCACGCCCCCCCCUCUCCAGCCAGCCCCAGGAUUGCCGCGCCCCCCCCCUCCGGCCAGCCACCGCCGCCGCAGAGUCGUCAGAGCCCCUCGUCGUCCGCCUCCGCCCCCCCCCACUCCCUGGGGAGGUCCAGCCGGCGUGCCCAUCCCCACCUCCACCCCCACGUUGUCCCCCACGCCGUCCCCCGACGUGCGGGCAUCUCGUUCUGCUUCUCCCGCCGCACCGUGCCCAAGCUGGACUCCUGCGCGUCCGUCUUCGCCGACGCGCCCGACGACGAGCAACAGAGGCCGGGCGGCGGCAGGAGGCCCGGGUUACGAGCCCUGCUGUCCCGCUCCCCGUCACCCUCCUCCUCCUCACCCUCCUCCUCUUCACCCUCCUCCUCCUCUUCCUCCUCGGGCCCCUUGAUCCCACCCGGAAAACUCCCGGAGAAUGUGGGAGUGAACGAGGCCAGGACACGGAUCGAGGACGCAAGCGAGAGGGACGAGGCGGGAGAGAGAGACGGCUCGGCAAAGGCCCGGGUGCACGUCCUUCCGUAUGCUAACGCCGACCCAGAUGACCCCCUGCAGCACUCCGAGAAGCCCCGCUCAGGGUUCACUCAGACGUCCUUGACCCGCGCUCACAUGUGCGGUCAAGGUCAUGGCGAAGCAGCGUCAUUACUGCGUGCACACACUCACCCCCACGACAAGCACACACCGCCUUCCCCCGAGCCGCGGGGAAUGACCGCUGAGUCAGGGCACCGGCGGGAAUCAGCUUGCCACAGCUCAGAGGAGGAGGAGGAGGAGGAUGAGGAAGAGCAGGGUGAGCGAGCUGCGCAAACGGAUGGCUCGUUUGUCAGCGUCCAGCGGAAAGACGGGGGCGCUUCUCUCAGGUGGCCCACAGAGCUGCUGCUCUACACACACACCGAGCCCCGUCUCCCCUACAGCUGCAACCCUCACCACGCUCAGGCACACACACACACCACGCACACACACCUCCUCCUGGACACACAUGCACAAACUCACCACGGCGGCGACGCCAUCCCCUAUCUGACCCCAACUCAAGACGCCUCGUCGUACUGUGCGACAGCCGAUCCGAGCGAAGAGACAUCCUCACCCGAGGCCACCCCAGCGUCACACUCUCACGCAGGCUCCAGAACACCCGAGACAGUAGAGGACCAGGUGGUACCACACGUUCACACACGUCAAAAACAACGGGCAGACAUCUCUGCCACACACACACUCACGCGCAUCGAAGGGGCCCCGUUUGCAUAUAACACACACGCGUUGGUCGCAAGUGGCCAGAGCACAUUGCCAUGCGUUCGUACCAAGCAUAGAAGCACAGCGGAGGAGGGGGAGACGGAAUCAGGAUGCCCAGAGACCCCAGACGUCGACCCUUUGGUGACAAUGGCCCGGCCUGAGCAAGCAGCACUCCUGACCAGGUGCAAGCGACACAAGCGCAAACGGAAGACAGUCGCGGACGCGGACGCGGACAUAAAUGCAAAGCGGUCAGGCAGCGGAGAGGAUCAGAGAGACCCAGAGGUCAGUCCUGUGCUGGGGGCAGACGAAGGACAAGAGAGACAGAAGUACGAGGGGAGGAGGAGGAGGAGGAGGAGGAGGAAGAGAGUCUUGGAGGAGAGAAGCUCCAGCCCGGUCGCCGUGGCGACGGCCGAGCGCAGCCUAAGGAGCGUGGUGGUGAAGUCGUUCUCCGCGCCGCCGAGCAAACGGAGGAGAAAACGUCGUGCGGUGAGAAGGAUGACGGAAGCAUUUGACCGGGAGCGAUGGACGCCCUUCUCCCCUGAUCCGCCCUCGCCAUGCUCAGCCGCGAGCGCCGAGGACUACAGCUGGAGCUACGGCUUCUACGACAUCUACGGACCAGAUGACGGAUACGAGGUGACGCCCCGAGACAGGCGCAGUUACGAGUCCAGGGACAUCAUGCUCUCCGACGAGGACGGAGAGAGACAGGAGCGCUUCGACGAAUGGGACCACUUCCCGCCCCCAAGGGUCCUCUUCCGGCCCUCCUGGAGUCGAGGGAGUAGUCAGCCCCCCUCUUACAUUUGUGUGCCCAGCUACAGCCCAAUCCUCAGGCACUGCAGGGACAGUCCAGUCAGCGAAGGACCUUACAGAUAUACGACUACAGACAGCACUGGCCUCAGGUCGUUCAGAGACAUCCUGAGUGACAAGGUGGACUACACCUACUGCUCAGACGUCCAUCCCAAGGACAGCUGUAGCCACAGGAGAAGGACAAAUCAGUCAUUACAUGACAGGGAGAUGCCCAGAUGCAUUGUGGGCCGGUGUAACUGGCGAAGGGAGAGCGCGGAGUUGGAUGAAGAGGAGGAGGGGGAAGAGAGCAGAAGGCUCAGCCUAGGGAGUUGGCUUGGCCACAGGGCGAGUCGAGAGAGGGACUACAGGAGUCCCAGGAGCCCGUGGGGAGGCAGGGGAGGGCCGUGGGCCUGCUGCCCCAGAGAGGUGAGCCUGGAUCGGGGGCAAGAAGCUCGGCACAGCCCUGGCUCCACACGGAGCGGCAGCUUCUCCACCCUCACCAGCAACUCGGAGCUCGGCUCUGACUGGGGGGGCACUGGCCAUCUGAGAUCCAACAGAAGCACGCUGGCCACUCAGAACAAGCGGGCGGCGUCGUCACGGCGAGCACGUCCAUCGGCACACAGAGACAAGCGCGUUGGCACCGCGCUGGCAUCCGUGCUGGCAUCCGUGCCCACGAGAGGUGUCACCACAGAGGGGGGCCGUCUGCUGGACAAACGCGCCCGCGGAUUGGUCGGGAGGGAUUUGACGAGAACGAGACGGCGCAGCAUCGGCCUCGCCGUUGGCAGCGGAAGAAGAAGAGAAGUGUCCGGCGCAGCGGGCCGGCGAGCCACAGAGGAUCUGCCCACACAGCCGCCCGUGCACGCCAGCGGGACAGCUGAGCCAGUGGGGGGGGCGGGGGGGCCCCCGGAGAGCGCAAUCCUGGAAGGGACGAGAACAAACGGCGCUCGGCCGCCACCGCGCGACAAGCACGCAACCUCCCACGCGAGCACACGCACGCCGCUUAAGCACACUCCGGCGCCGCCGCUGAUAGGGAAGCUUCCCGCCGCGAGGAGGAGAGCGCUCGGCACGCCGGCCAACCACAGAGUCAAGAGAGGCUUCCAGAAGGACCCGCUUCAUGCCAGCGCAGGCGUAGGCGGCAGCAGCAGCCAUCUCGCCGGCAGGGGAAGGGAAAGCGCCGAGCACCAGAAGAACGGGGGAGAGACUGUGAUCAGCUCCCCGACAGACAUGAGCCCUUUGCAGGCUCGUGCACGACCCACAUCCCCCUCCACACCAGAUGGAGCCACAGGCGAACAUGCAUCCUCCACCAUCAUUUCUUCUUCGCAUCAGGAAAGCUAUCCGUCCCAUAAAGAUGACAUCGCGCCCACAUCGGCGCAGUCAGACUGGGAGGACAGCAGGGUUCCCAGAGGCCCCACCCCUCCCCUGAGUGAGCAGCCAAUCACGUUCAGCGCAGAGGAGAUGGACAAGUACAGGCACCUGCAGCAGCAGGCCAGACAGCACAUGCAGUUUCAGCUGCAGCGGCAAGAACACACAGUGGCCGUCGAGAUGCUGGGACAAGUGCCCACUCCUAUGCCCACCACUGCCCAUGCCCUACCCAUGCCCGCUGACAUGCCCACCACUGCCCAUGCCCUACCCCUGCCCGCUGACAUGCCCACCACUGCCCAUGCCCUACCCCUGCCCGCUGACAUGCCCACCACUGCCCAUGCCCUACCCGUGCCUCUCCACACUCCUCCACCCUCAUCCUCCUGUUCCUCCGUCUUCCCAAUCUCUCCGUCUUCAUCCCUCCAUCCUACCCCUACUGGUCAGCACCCGGCACUUGCGUCCCUCUGCCACCCCCCCUCGUCCAGCGCGUCGCCCUCCCCCAUCCUCCUCCCCCCUCAUCAUCACCACUCCUCGUCUCCUCCUCCUCCUCCUCUCUGCUCUCAUCCCCCUAUUUCUCUCCCUCUCUCUCUCCCUCUCUCUCUCCCUCUCCCGCCCGGCUUCGCCUCCCUCCCCCUCUACCCGUCGCUCCUCGCUGGGCCCCGGGUGUUGACCCCACACCCCCACGGCCCUCUCUGCCUGGUCCCCGCGUCCACUCUGCACCCUCCUACCCCGCUCUACCACCCUCCCCUCCACGCUGCCUCUCUCCUCACCUCCCUGCUCACACACCCCCACACACACGCGCACGCACACACACACGCUCUGGCUUACACACACACACACAAACACCAGCUGCACGUGCACCCUCUUAUUCACCCUCUCUACCCCCGUCAGGAUACACACCCGUUAACUGGAACAACCAGCUAGUCCCUUUUACACACACACACACACACACACACACACACACACACACACACACACACACACACACACACAUACUCAACGGUAUAGCCAUGGUCUCUUCAGUACUCCUCCCAUUCUGUAGCACAUUUCUGUGAGUUUGGGUCAUUAGGUUGUAAUCAGCCAAAGCUUCAUAAAGCAUUUACAUGUUUCAUCAUCAUUGCCUGUUCUUUUUGUCAGUCUGUGACAGUACACACAAAUUCUCAAUUCUCCUAACUGUUAUUUUAUUUCACCGGCAGCAAGUCACAUUUGUAUUCCAGUCAGUGCAAACAUAUGUUUGAUGAAAGAAUAAAAUGAUUUGUUUUUCUUUCA